AUGAAGAAUUAUUUUAUCAAAGUUCCAAAAUCAAGUUUGGACUCUCAUGAUCAACCUAAUCCAGAAGAAAAUGCCAACCACUCAGAAGUACCAUUGCUUUCUUCUCAGGAAUUUGAUUUGAAUUCUUUAAAGCAUGAUCUGGGUGAAAGAACUCAAAUCUUGGACUUUCAUCCAAAUCAUCGUGAUGUUAUUCGAAGAGAAUACCUUAGGAGAGAUCCUUGUCAACCUCGGCUUAAAGAGUAUCCUAAAAUAGAAGUUUCUGGAUACAUGCGUCACUAUAAUAUUCAUCAAGGUGGGGGUGAUGUAUUUUCCACCAUAGGGUUUAAGAGUUGGCAAAAAAAGAAGAGUCUUAAAAAACAUGUUGGUGGCCGAAAUAGCAUUCAUAAUCAGGCAAGAAAGAAUUGUGAAGAUCUAGAGCGACAAGAACAAUCUAUUCAAUCUACACUUGUGAGGCAAGAUACUCAAUUUAAGCAUGAGUAUCGGUUCCGCUUAACUGCUUCAGUUGAUGUUGUAAGGCUUCUUUUGAAUCAGGAAUUGGCAUUUCGGGGUCAUGAUGAAUCUAAAUCAUCACUUAGCAGAGUUAAUUUUCUUGAAACUCUUUCAUGGUAUUUUGAAAGGUGUGAUACCAUUAAAGAUUUUGUAUUGAAACAUGCUCCACAAAAUGAUCAGAUGACUUCUCCAAUGAUUCAAAAAGAAAUUGUGACUGCGUGCAAAAUUGAAACAAUUAAGACUAUCCUAGAAGAAUUAAAUGGUGAUUACUUUUCCUUGUUAGUUGAUGAAUCUUUUGAUGUGUCGCACAAGGAGCAAAUGGCCAUUGUUUUACGAUAUGUUGAUAGAAUGGGAUUUGUGAUGGAGCAACUUAUUGACAUUAUUCAUGUUCAAGAUACUCGUGUAUCAUCUCUAAAAGAAGCAAUUGUUAAUUUACGUGCUCAACAUUCCUUGAGUCUUUCUUAUGUAUUUGUACAAUGCUACGAUGGGGGAAGUAAUAUGCAAGGUAGAAUCAGUGGCCUUGAAAUGUUGAUUAGUAUUUUGAAUAUGUUGGGAGCUUCUUUUAAACGCAUGGAUGAAUAUCGAGAAUCUCAAAAGAAAAGAAUUCAAGAGGCAUUAGAUAUGGGUGAACUUGAAACUGGUAGGGGCUUGCAUCAAGAAUUUGGUCUUACUAGAGCUUGUGAUACUCGUUGGGGAUCCCACUACAAAUCUUUUAGUUGUUGA